UCGAAACGAUUGCGCAGAGUCGCAGAGACUGGGUGAAUACAAAGAGGGGAGUUGCGACGGGUGGAGCGACGGAUAUGGUUAGCGUCAGCACUAGUGCCGCUCCCACCACUUGCUUAAGCGAAUUUCAGCAUUUCAGAUCCCGCCGUUUUGACUUCCAGAGCAUCGACAACACCACAUCGACGACGUACGACAAGCCGCCAUCAUGUCGCUCGUCUCCGGAGAGAAGUCCAACUUCCAAUACAUCAUCCGUUUGUUGAACACAAACGUCGAUGGAAAGCAGAAGGUCAUGUACGCCUUGACCAAGAUCACUGGUGUCGGUCGCCGAUACUCCAACUUGGUCUGCAAGAAGGCCGAUGUCGAUCUGACCAAGCGCGCUGGUGACCUCACCUCCGAAGAGCUUGAGCGUAUCGUUACCAUCAUCCAGAACCCUCUCCAGUACAAGAUUCCUUCCUGGUUCCUCAACAGGCAGCGUGAUAUCGUCGAUGGCAAGAACAGCCAGGUCCUCGCCAACGGUGUCGCCUCCAAGCUCCGUGACGAUCUCGAGCGCUUGAAGAAGAUCCGCGCUCACCGUGGUCUCCGUCACUACUGGGGCCUCCGUGUCCGCGGUCAGCACUCAAAGACCACCGGUCGCCGCGGUCGAACCGUCGGUGUCUCCAAGAAGAAGGGUUAAAGGUUUUCGCUUGCGCUGGGCAGCUGGGGCUGGAACAUGCCUUUACGAAAUGGGUGGUGCACUUACGGUGUUUAUCAAACGGCUUUCAUUGGCUUUCACGCUUACACUUCAUGCGGCAAUGCACGAUAUGGAGUGAGGUGGUGCGGCACGGUUAGGGUUGGCCGAAUACAGCCUGUACCAAAAUCACACAUUCAAAUUUCGACUUGUUCCAACAUGACGUGUGCUCGCUUUCGACAGUCGAUGGGCCGUGUUGGCCAUCUCGGGGGAAUGGCUGUAUGGUGCCUAGAUAGGCCUAGUAAUUGGUGAUGAAGGACUAACGUCGCAUAUGCGGCCAUACUUCGCCCACCACGUCACACCACCACCACGCUUGUUAGUACCUCGGUGCGCACUAUGUUUCCUGACUACCGCUUCUUGAUUUUGGUAAGCAGAGCUAUCGGCUCGGUCCGCUAAAGGUGUCUAGGUUGGUUCCGUUUGAUCCCACAAGCAUGC